UAGUAAAAGUUGGGAUAGAAGGCGCUCCAGUGAGAGUCAGUUUCACCGACAACCUUGUCUGUCUUGUUGACACCAAACAGCGAUAAAUCUAUUUAACGUUCGCAAGUACAAAAUAUUAGACUCGCUGUAGGACAAUCAAAAGUUGAACAAGCAUUUUAUUACCAAACCUCGCUGGGGAGAAAGAAUCAUUUUUGGAUAUCUGAUCAAGGAAGAAAAACUAGUUCACGCCGUUCGCGGGUCUAUUGCUCGCUACAAUUUUGAUUUGCUAAAUUAAACAAGUUUUGUUGUUUCAGUUAACGUUAGUUCUGUAAAUGUUGUGACAUUUAAAAUAGUAUUUUGCAUUAGCCGUCGUUCGUGUGACGGGUGAACCCGAGCUGUCAACCCCGAUGACUACUGCAAAUUGCACUGGUAAUGAGGAGCUGGACUUCAGGCUGAUCUUCGGAGAGGACGGUCAACAGCAGUCGCUAGGCCCCGCAGAUCUGGAGCCUGACGACAAUACGUCGUUCUACAUCCUCAAUGUGGGCCAGCAGUCCGUGGUCAACAACCAGUCUAUGGGUCAGUCUCGCAAUGGCAGCAUGCAGCCUCACUCCCACUCCCAAGUCAUCAGCUCCUCCCCCCAUCAGCGCCUGCAGUCCCACAAGGUGUUCGACCCCAACUAUGAGGUCCAGGACAAUGUCAAUAAAAACAAAUCCAGCCCUGCAGGUGGGGGUGGGGGGCCUCCCAAAGCCUUUGAGUGUCCUAGCAUCCAGAUCACCUCUAUCUCCCCCAGCUGUCAGCAGGAGAUGGACGCUAACGAGGACAAUCUUAGAGGUAAUGAUGGGGACUACCACCAUGGGGACCGGCCCCUGUCCAGGGACCACCUGUACCUGCCCUUAGACCACUCAUACCGGGACUCAACUCUCAGCCCGUCCCCCUGCAGCUCCCUGUCCUCCAGGAGCUGGUUCUCAGACGCCUCGUCCUGCGAGUCCUUCUCCCACGUGUACGAUGACGUGGACUCUGAGCUGAACGAAGCGGCCGCAAGGUUUACCCUGGGGUCUCCCCGCACCUCCCCUGGCUGCUCCCCUCACCCUGGGGUCCUGGAGGAGGGUCUGUGGGCUGGGCAUCAGCACCACCACCCUGCCUUUCACCACUCCCUGUCCCCCCGAGUCUCCCCCUGCCACUCCCCACGCACCUCCGUCACCGACGAGAACUGGCUGAGCCCCCGGCCGCCGUCCCGCUCCUCCUCACGCCCCACCUCACCUUGCGGGAAAAGACGCCACUCCAGCGCAGACAUCUGCUACCCGGUGGGCUCCGUGUCCCCACACCACUCCCCGAUCCCCACCCCCGAGCCGUCCCCAAGGGGCAGCGUGACAGAGGACACCUGGAUAGGAAGCCCCUCCAUGGGCAUGUUCCAGUGCUGCCCUUCCGAGGCAGACAUCCCCUCCAAGACUAGGAAGACUUCCCAGGACCGGACAUGCUCCAUUGGGGGGAAGGGGGACCUGGGCCUGGACGACUCUGGGAACGGGUCCCCCCUCAUGGAUUCUCCCUCGGAAGACACCUUGCACUCCCUGAAGAAGGACGGGCCAGGGGAACAGUUUCUCUCAGUGCCCUCACAUUUCACAUGGAACAAACCCAAACCAGGAAACACACCCAUCUUCAGGACCUCUUCCCUACCCCCCCUGGACUGGCCCCUGCCCCACCUGUUUGGCCAGUACGAGCUGAAGGUUGAGGUGCACCCCAAGGCCCACCACCGAGCACACUACGAGACGGAGGGAAGCAGAGGGGCGAUCAAAGCUGCAUCAGGUGGUCAUCCUGUUGUCAAGCUGAUGGGCUACAACGAGAAGCCUGUCAACCUACAGAUGUUCAUCGGCACGGCAGACGACCGCUACCUCAGACCUCACGCUUUCUACCAGGUGCAUCGGAUCACUGGGAAAACGGUGGCCACCGCCAGCCAGGAGAUCAUCAUCUCCAGCACCAAAGUUCUCGAGAUUCCUCUGCUUCCCGAAAACAAUAUGUCUGCCAGUAUUGACUGUGCUGGCAUCCUGAAGCUGCGGAACUCAGACAUUGAGCUGCGGAAGGGGGAGACUGAUAUCGGGCGGAAGAACACGCGUGUGCGAGUGGUGUUUCGUGUUCACAUUCCCCAGCCCAAUGGGAAGGUUCUCUCUCUGCAGGCUGCAUCCAUCCCUGUGGAGUGUUCCCAGCGUUCGGCCCAGGAGCUUCCCCAGGUAGAGAAGGCCAGUCUGACCGGCUGUCUGGUCAGCGGGGGAGAGGAGAUGGUCAUCACAGGAUCCAACUUCUUCCCCGAAUCAAAGGUCAUAUUCCUGGAGAAGGGCCCUGAUGGACGACCCCAGUGGGAAGUGGAGGCGAAAAUCAUCCGUGAGAAAAGUCAAGGAUCGAGCGUUGUAGUGGAGGUCCCUCCCUACCACAGUAAGACCGUGACCUCGGCUGUUCAGGUGCAGUUCUACGUGUGUAACGGCAAACGGAAAAGGAGCCAAUCACAACGCUUCACUUACCUGUCAGUGAAUGAGAUCAUCGGCAGAGACAUGUCCCAGUCCCCUGGUGGCGGUGCCCAGUCGUAG